AUGGGGACCCGCAGGUUUUUGAGCUGUAGCUCCAAGCAGCACCACCACUGCUCCUGCUCUUUGCAGAUUAAAUAUACUGGCUUCAGGGAUAGACCACAUGAAGAAAGACAGGCCAGGUUUCAGAAUGCAUGCCGGGAUGGACGAUCUGAGAUAGCUUUUGUGGCCACAGGAACCAAUCUGUCUCUCCAGUUUUUUCCGGCCAGCUGGCAGGGGGAGCAGCGGCAAACACCAACCCGAGAAUACGUUGACUUUGAAAGAGAGGGAGGCAAGGUCUACUUAAAAGCACCCAUGAUCCUUAAUGGGGUUUGUGUUAUUUGGAAAGGCUGGAUAGAUCUCCAAAGGCUGGAUGGCAUGGGCUGCCUAGAAUUUGAUGAGGAGCGGGCACAGCAGGAAGAUGCAUUAGCACAGCAGGCUUUUGAAGAAGCUCGGAGAAGAACUCGAGAAUUUGAAGACAGAGACAGGUCUCAUCGGGAGGAAAUGGAGGUGAGAGUCUCACAGCUGCUGUCAGUUACUGGCAAGAAGACAACAAGACCCUAGCCCUGGAUCAAACCUGGGAAGUGGUGAUGAUCUCAAAUUACGUUGAGAAGCAGUGCUGGGCUUUUUAAACUUUGGCAAAUUAUGGAAUUAAAAGACCAGAAACUGUGAUGACUGGAUAUAUAUAAUAGUCUUUUCCCUGAUCUGCGGCAGCCAAACUAUCAUGUCCUGCCAUGGUUUGCACUAUGUUUGUGUUGCAUUACCUGUGUUUCUGUUCUUUAAGCAUGUCGCCAGUGGGAAUUUGAGAUUCUUGUUUUUCUAUGCAAGCUUAUGAUUUCUUGGCACUAUUUUAGCGAAGAGAGAACUUUACGCAGCCAUAAAAACGUUCCUCAGCUGAUACUUGUUCAUUUCAGGAUGGGUCAGAAUAAAUUUUCGUGAGUUCUUAAAAACCAAAACUUUCUAAACUAAUUUUAUAUGAGAUGUUGGAAGAUUGUCAUAAUGUUCUUGCUUUUAGACACACACUCUUUGUGGUUGUCUCUUUUUGCACUUUUUUCUCAGUUUGCAAAAGAUUUUACCCUUUUACAUUAUGCAGCCUGAACCAAGUAACACAGUGUUGUCUGUUGAUUUACUGAAUUACAUGAUUUUAUUUUUAAAAAUACCAUAGUAUCAUAUUAUUUUAGUUUACAUUUCCAGUGGCAAAAAGUUUAAAGGAAUCUUAAACAGUCAGCACAUUCUGAUGUAAAUUGAAUUCUGAAACUGUUCUUCCGAAACUUUUUUCCUCUAACUUAAAUAGAAAUGGAGACAUUUAAAUAAUGGUACAGUAUGUACAAAAUCUCAUACUGGUUGCAAGAUUCCUUUGUGUGUGUAUUUUUACUUCAUAUUGUUUCAAUAUUUUCCAGUAGGGUAAGAUUUUGGGUAAAUUUAAUCAAUAUUCACCUAGCCCUGUUUUCUUGCAUUUAUUACUCAACAAGUAUUCUUUGCUUUAUGUUGUAUCUAAUAGUUUUUCUCUGUUUGUCUAAGCAAUCCACUUGAAAUACUUACCUGCAAUAUUCAUUUAGAGUUUUAGAGCGAGUAGACAUGGUCAUUUGUAGAAGAGUGGAUACCCUUUUAGGUUGAGCCAUAGUUGUCUGAUUUCCAGUUUUUUUCAAUUUUAAAAAGGUCUGCCGUCCAUGUAAAACCCAAGGCAAGAGGCAAAAUGCAAGGGCAGGAUUCUGCCUGCUUAUAUUGUGAAAAAUUACCAUACCUCCUGGUCUUUCAGUAUUUUUAGUCAACAAAUAAAGGGCUUGUUUUGUUCAUAAUUGGGAAAUGCAGCAGUUGAUGUUUCUAGUUCAUUUUGGAGCCCUGUUCCCCUCCUUGUGAAGCAGCAUUGCUGGCCCAUCGAACACCAUUGAGGACUUUAGCAUGAAGGUGAGUGGGCAAGAGUGUAGCUAGCCAGGAUGAGCAUUGGCCGCAAAACAGGAAUGUGAGGUCUUUCCACUUCGGGUCUUGUUUCGUGCUUUUUCAAAAUUGACACGGCACCAUUCCAAAUAUGCAUGCUGAUACAGUAGAUGAAAGCUGUGACCCAGGCAGUACAGAUUAAACCAGUAACCCAGCAUAAGAAUGCCCCUGUUACUGGGGAGGGUCAAGUAGAGUCAAGUCAAACAAUCUGGUACUGUUCUGUGAUCUCUUUCAGUGUUUGGGUGGGGUGGGGUUGGGUGGUUGGUUAGGGAGGUGGAGCCAAAAAGGAGCCUGUGAGAUGGAUUGUAGCAGGACUUGAGGCAGAAAGGCUCACGGCUUUUCCACCAAGGUAGGGGAUCAACUCAAAGGGAAUUGUCUUUGGGACCUCCACCACGCCCUGACAUAUUUCUUAAAGCUGGUAGUUAAGGCUACACAUCAUUUCAACCUCAGGAUUUUAAAAUUCUGCUUAAUAACUUAAUAAAAGGAUGUAAUAGAUGUUAUAACUGCAAUCAUCUCAUCUAAUAGUUUCCUAUCAAUUAUUUUUUGCAUUUAUAUUUCUAUUGGUUUGUAUAUACUCCUCUUCCCUCUCUCCCAAAAGAUUCUACUGAUCCCAGUAGAAUAACUAUGAUGCAUUAUUUCUUAAUAAUGGGAGCUGAAUUAGAAACAACUACAGAUUUAUGUAAUAGCUGGUGAAAUUUCCCGGACGUGACAGCCCUGGAUUUUGUCUGUACUGUAACGGUUGAUUGUUGGUACUGUUCCCAGACUGGUCACUAAACAGUUACCGCUGUCACAUUUCAUUUUAUUAAUUUUCAUACUCUUUUUUCAAUGUGUUUUUAUUUUCCUUAAGAAAUAAUGGUUCAAAGAGUUUUCUAGCUGCUGUUAUCAUCUGUAAUGUUCUCUUCCCUUUUAUUCGCAAAUAGCAUGGUGUUACCUGGUUAUUUCAAAUACGAUUUGCGGGGGGGGGGGGGUUUAGGAUGGAAACC